AACAUCACAAUACUCCUGAUGGCGUCCAUGGCUUGUGUGGAUAUCUUACUUGGGACAUUCCACAUGCCGAUAAAUGUUCUGCAGCUUGUUUAUAACGGCAAGUGGAUACUCGGAACAACAUUUUGUAACAUCUUCCUUGGCCUCAGCAAUGUCUUGUGUGGGACCAACGCGUGUCACAUACUGUGUAUAGCUGUGGAUAAAUACAUGGCGGUCUGCAAACCGCUGGUGUAUAGAAUCCUUAACAAAAGAAUCGGUCAUGUCAUGGUCAUCCUGUCAUGGAGUCUUCCGAGUGCAAUUUUCUUACUGCCUCUGGUCACAGACUGGUUUGGGACGAGACCUGAAGAGAUGGCUAAUGCUGCUGAUGAUCAAAGGACAUAUUGUACGCCUGUCUUUAACAAAUACAUUCUUCUUUUUUUUUACAUUCUUUGCUUAUAUCUCCCAAUUAUAACGUCUUACAUUUUGUACGCGCUCAUAUUUUCUGAGAUUUGGAAAUUCAACAAAAGAAAAUAUCGUGAUCCAAAAAACAAUGAUCAGUUAAACCUUUCCAUACAAGGAGGUCAGAUUUCAAACAUGUGUGAGGGUCAAUCCGUCUGGUGUACUUCAAACAAGUCGUCAAAUUUGACAAGAUUCUCUGUAAGUAUCAAAAGUAAAGAACUUACUAAACAUGUAUCCUCCAAAGUGCAGGGUAGAACCGAGUUUUCUGGACGGAUUUCACGGAAUAUAAAAGCUAUUCGCACGCUCGGCACUAUUAUCGUUUGUUUCAGUGUGUCCUGGGCGCCCAUUUGGGUGUGUGUUGCUCUGUAUGUGUACAUGGAGUACUCGCUGCCGUUUGUUUAUAUUUAUUUUGCUGGAUGGUUUGCUUGCAUGAACUCAGCCAUGAACCCAGUACUGUGUAGUUUUUUU